ACUGCCACCACUGUUCCAGUGAUCAGUUUCUCCACUGCCACCACAGUUUGCAGCAUGCCCGAUAGUAAACGAGUUAUUCCAUUGGAGAGUAAUCCUGAUAUCUUUACGGCCAUGGCCCACAAAUUGGGCUUGUCACCGGUGUUGGAGUUCCACGACGUGUUGUCAUUGACGGAACCCGACCUAGUGGCAUUUCUUCCUCAGCCGGUAUUCGGGGUGACUCUCUUAUUUCCAAUUACAAAAGAAUAUGAAGACUACAGAACCCGUUUCGAUUCCACAAGAGCGCCAUAUUCCAGUGAAAGCAUCGAUACGGUUCGUUGGUUCAAGCAGACUAUCGGUAACGGGUGUGGAUUGUAUGCUUUAUUACACUUGAUUACCAAUUUGCAGUCAGACCUCAUCAUCGACAAUCUGCUUCUCAACAGCUUUUUGAUCCAGCAAUUAAACAGGUCACUUUCGACCGAAGAUAUCGCCAAGUUGGUCGAGAACUUGGAGCAACAGAUCCAGUUGGAUGAAAACUACGGCUCCGGUGGCCAGACCGAAGCCCCUCCACCAGAGAUUUCAGUAGAGCUUCAUUUCAUCACCUUUGUCAAGGGAAAAGAUAACCAUUUGUACGAGUUGGACGGCAGAAGAACCGGGCCUGUGGACUUGGGUGAAAGCGUUGGGGGAAGUAAUAUCAUCGAAGACCCCAAGUUGAACGAGAAAAUCCAGUUCUACAUUAGCAACACCAAUGAGGCCAACAAACAUAACUUCGCCAUGAUCGCCUUGGGUCCAUCGUUGGACUAGGCACUAUACUUGGCCCUUGAUGUCGAUUUUCUUGAAGUUGGUUCGGGCCAUCAACAACUGGAUCUGGGGCCGGAGUACCGUACAAUCAAGUUCAUUAUUCUCAAAACCUUGUAGGCCAAAGUGCUCGAAGAACCUUAACACAUCGCCUAAAUCACUGUUAAAUAUGUUAAUAACAAAGUCCUCAGAAAGCUUCUUGUAGCUCUUGGCCAAAAUAUCAAGGGUCUUGAUCUUCUCUUUCUCAAUCAAGUAGUUUUGAAUC